GGAAUCUUAUUUAUACUAUGAAAGUUUCUGUAGAUUUCAGGGUCUGACGAAGAAAAUUACCCCUCCACACGAAAAGUGCAACGGGACAUAUGGAUGCAUCAACACCCUUUGAACUGCAGAGAUCCUAGUGUAAAGUUUCUUGUAGCCGACUGGGAGAGAUUACCUGGAUUUGGUAUUGGAGCCCAGAUUGCUGGAAUGUGUGGACUUCUUGCUAUUGCAAUGAAGGAAAAAAGGGUCCUUGUUACCAACUACUAUAAUCGAGCUGACCAUGAUGGUUGCAAAGGUUCAGCCCGCUCCAGUUGGUCCUGCUACUUUGUCCCAGAAACCUCCCUAGAAUGUCGAAAUCAUGCAUUGGAGCUUAUGGAAAGUGAAGAUGCCAGGAGAAAUGGCAACAUCAAGGCGAAAGAAAAUUAUACUUCAAAACAAAUAUGGGCUGGACGAACACCUAGAAUAUGGGGUGAACCUUGGAGUUUAAUGCAACCAACAACAGAUAUAAACGGAACUUUGAUUGCUUAUCAUCGCAAAAUGGAUAGAAGGUGGUGGCGAGCACAGGCAGUACGAUACUUGAUGCGAUUUCAAACCAAGUACACAUGUGACUUACUCAAUGUUGCUCGCCAUGCGGCAUUUGGAAAGCAAGCUGCCAACAUGGUAGUCAGAAAUUUUGAGGGGGAAUGGUCUAAGGAUGUUACAUUGAAUGAAAGGUCUGAUAUUGAAGAGUUCGUUUGGUCUAAUCACAAGCCAUGGAUGCCUAGGCCACUACUGAGCAUGCAUGUAAGAAUGGGAGACAAAGCAUGUGAAAUGAAGGUUGUUGAAUUUGAAGAUUACAUGAGUCUUGCUGACCGCAUUAGGAAGAGAUUUCCGCAGCUUAGUAGUGUUUGGCUAUCAACUGAAAUGCAGGAAGUGAUCGAUAAAUCUAAAGGGUACCCUCAUUGGAACUUCUACUACACAAAUGUGAUACGUCAGGUUGGAAACAUGACAAUGGCUGCAUAUGAAACAAGUCUUGGUAGAGAAACCAGCACGAACUACCCGCUUGCCAAUUUCUUGAUGGCAACCGAGUCUGACUUUUUCAUUGGAGCACUGGGUUCUACUUGGUGUUUUCUCAUAGAUGGCAUGAGGAACACUGGAGGGAAAGUUAUGGCUGGAUACUUGAGUGUCAACAAGGACCGAUUCUGGUAGGAAUUUCUGAUUCAUCUAAGCUGGAAAAUAAUAGGGUCGCAUGAAUAUGUAAAUAGCGAGUUAGUGAUUAGACCAACAAUUUUGUUGUUCUGUACACAUGAAUGAAGGAUAGUAGUUUCCGUCCUGUACAUGUUAAUGAUG